AUGAUGUUGAAUCUGGGCAUUUUGUCCCUGAUCGUUUCUCUGCUGCAUCCCAAUGAUAGCCACUACUCCCUCCACCACGCCUUGGCCAAGAUUGAGAUGGCGGAUGCCUUGGCCGAGAAGCUGAGCCAGGUGUGCCCCAUUGACUCCGUGGUGGCCAUUUUGGUGGGCUUCGCUUCCGCGGUGGUGGACAACGCGCCAUUGGUGGCCGGCUCCCAGGGCAUGUAUGACUUGGGCCAGCACCCACCUGAUGAGGCGCUCUGGAACUUGAUCACCUACUGCGCCGCCACCGGUGGUUCCCUGUUGGUCAUCGGCUCCGCCGCAGGGGUGGCCUUCAUGGGCAUGGAGCAAGGUGUCUCCUUCGGUUGGUACCUGAAGGCCAUUGGCCCUGCAGCCUUGGUGGGAUACUUCUUCGGCGUGGCCGGCAUGAUGGGACAACAGGCUGCGGGCCUGGCACUUGGAUCCUGA